AGUUUACUGUAAUUAACAGUGCGGUUUCGUUUUGUGGCGUGCAAUUGUUUUUACCAUUUUACCGUACUUUUUGCUCUUAAACUUGCACAUAAAUAACUAAAAAGGACAAUGGCUGCGCAAUUCUUCAAUCGCAUUGGACAAAUGGGCCUUGGUGUUGCCUUGCUGGGCGGUGUUGUCAACUCCGCAUUAUAUAAUGUUGAAGGUGGCCAUCGGGCGGUCAUAUUCGAUCGCUUCACUGGCAUUAAGGAGAACGUUGUCGGCGAGGGCACACACUUUUUCAUUCCCUGGGUGCAGCGACCCAUUAUCUUCGAUAUACGCUCACAGCCACGCAAUGUGCCUGUAAUCACUGGCAGCAAGGAUUUGCAGAAUGUCAACAUAACAUUGCGUAUUCUGUAUCGUCCCAUACCAGAUGAGCUGCCCAAGAUUUACACCAUAUUGGGUCAGGAUUAUGAUGAGCGUGUGCUGCCAUCUAUUGCACCUGAGGUGUUGAAGGCAGUGGUGGCACAGUUCGAUGCCGGCGAGCUUAUUACGCAGCGUGAGAUGGUCUCACAAAGGGUGUCUCAAGAGCUAACCGUGCGUGCCAAGCAGUUCGGCUUCAUCUUGGAUGAUAUUUCGUUGACGCAUUUGACCUUUGGCCGCGAGUUCACUCAGGCUGUGGAAAUGAAGCAGGUGGCCCAGCAGGAGGCCGAGAAGGCACGUUUUGUAGUGGAAAAGGCUGAGCAACAGAAACUGGCUUCCAUUAUUUCAGCUGAGGGUGAUGCUGCUGCUGCCGAUUUGCUGGCCAAAUCAUUUGGCGAGGCCGGCGAUGGUUUGGUUGAGCUGCGUCGUAUUGAGGCUGCUGAGGAUAUUGCUUAUCAGCUAUCCAGAUCCCGCGGUGUUGCUUAUCUGCCUAGCGGCCAGAGCACGCUGUUGAAUCUACCAUCAACCAUUGCGCAGUAAACUUUCGUCAUAUAAGAUAUAUAACUAACUGUAGCAUUUACUAAGUACUUUCGAUUAUGUUUCUAUCCAAAUAUGCAGUUUGUAAACCUGUUGUCGGCAGCUCCAAUAAUGCUAACAUACAGCGUUGCUUUUUUGUUGCUCAAAUUUUAUUGUUAUCGACUGAGCCAAAGAACGCAUGCUGCAUUUUAUAAGGCAGCUGGGAGUACAGCAGGUUGCACUUGGCUAGACUAUGAAAUUUGUUAUGUGAACAAAAUACAAUAAAUACAUAUUAAAUAUGAA